UUUGCCGGCCAAUGGGCAUCUUGGAGGCAGGACUUCCGGCGGAGCUGGGCGCCAUGGCGAAGACCUACGAUUACCUGUUCAAGCUACUGCUAAUCGGAGAUAGUGGCGUCGGCAAAACCUGCGUCCUUUUCCGCUUCUCCGAGGACGCCUUUAACACCACCUUCAUCUCGACUAUCGGUAUUGACUUUAAAAUCAGAACUAUUGAGUUGGAUGGAAAGAAGAUCAAACUGCAGAUAUGGGACACAGCUGGUCAGGAACGGUUUCGGACAAUCACUACUGCAUACUACCGAGGGGCAAUGGGUAUUAUGUUAGUGUACGACAUCACCAAUGAAAAGUCCUUUGAUAAUAUCAAGAAUUGGAUCCGGAAUAUUGAGGAGCAUGCCUCAGGAGAUGUAGAGAAAAUGAUCCUUGGGAACAAGUGUGAUGUAAAUGAGAAAAGACAAGUCAGCAAAGAACGUGGAGAGAAGUUAGCCGGUGACUAUGGAAUUAAGUUCAUGGAAACCAGCGCAAAGGCAAAUAUAAAUGUGGAGAAUGCAUUUUUUACUCUUGCCAGAGACAUAAAAACAAAAAUGGACAAAAAGCUGGAAGGUAACAGUCCACAAGGCAGCAACCAGGGUGUGCGAAUCACCUCAGAACAGAAAAAGAGCAGUUUCUUCCGUUGUCUCCUCCUGUGAUGAACUCUGCCUUUGGAAAAGUCCAAGCACUUUCAGACUUGAAUGAAAUGUGCACACACUGUGCUUUUCUUGUACAGAUGGACACUUCCUUUGGACAAGCCUUGUUGUGCAGUCAAAGACUUACAGUGACCAAACAGUUGAGGUUUUUGGCUUUUAGGACCUGUCCAAUGAUGAUUACCUCAGUGAUGGAAAUGUGCACAUCAGAAUACUCUGUUGGGAAAGCCCCCCCCCCAUAUUACUGAUUUCCAAUCUAUUGAGGUGCAGUUGUGUGAAAUUCUAGCAAUCCUGCUUCCUCUAAUUCCCUCUGCUUUUCCUGCUUUGUUUCUCCCUACUGAUCGUGUUGUGAACAUGGUAUCAGCAUUGCGCCUUUUCCUGUUCCAGCAGCCCAGUAUUUUAAUGUGCUACUACUGUUGUUGCUUCACAUGUGACUCUCCUUGUACAUUGCUAUGUCUGGAAGGGCUUUGUUUGCUUUCUGCCAGUGUAUAAUGUCCAUAUAUUGGUGGAUGUGAUGAUUAUGAGAAGGUUAGAGUAGUCCAAACGUCCGUUUUCAGACUGAGAGUCAAGUAUACCUGUUCCGUGGAUGGUUAUGGUGCUGAAAACUGCUCAGUUGAUCACUUCUUUUCCCAUGUCUAUUGAAUUCUUUGUCUCAUUGCUUUCCCUGUAUUUAGGUUUUCAUUGUUGUGCAGUGUGCUGAAACUGCUGGCGAUGUAGUGCAGCAGUGUCACUGUGACUGUUAUAUCUGUGGCAGGUUUAGCUAAGUGUUGCUAAUGGGCACUUUGUCCUGAAUCACCAGACAAAAAUUGGAUCUUCGGGUAGACUUUUCCUUUAUUCCUGAUGUUUACUAUGGCAGCGCAUCAAUACUGCUCUGCUUUCCUGGGGCUUCAGAGGCAAGCGGCCAGAAUCAACCAAAGCUAAUGUUUCCAAACAAUGAUUGCCUAUAUUGUGAGGUUAUCCCUGCAAGUGGCACCGAUUAGUGCAGGUUCAGUAUACUGAGGACCAGAGAACAGGGAUGGUGGGUGUUGUUGAGGGGUAGAGAAUGUAGCAAAGGGGUUGAGACCAAAGAGUUGGCAGGGCAGCCUGGAUUGAAACAAACCCCUUCCCCCCACCAUCCCAGCCCCUGAUUAGAGCUGAGCUGCAUUAGCCAUUCAUUUAUUUAUAGCCUUAUUCAUUAGCCAUUACUUCAUUUCAGCACUGCUCGGUUGACAGACCCUUACUGAACUAUGUUCUGAAAACUCCCUGAAUACAGAUGCGUAAAGCCACAGGUCAGUGCGGGUGCUGUCCAUGGUUGCAAGAAGUGGACCAGAACUGAUUCAUUUGUAGCUCACAGGCUGCAAGAAUCAGCAGUUUAGCAGAAUAGAGAGGUAAUGCACUAUGGGCAGGUUCUGUUAAUAAGCGUCAUGUAUAUUUCUGGAACCUGAGUAUCGACAUAGUAAAAUUCUCUCAGGGAGAUAAAUUGCACUUUCAGUUGAAGAGCUGUCAAUGUUGUAAUAAUUGAAUGUGGAGCAUGAGAAUUAUGCACACUUUAUCACCAGGUGGUUUGUCUCAUUUUUUGUUAUAAAUUUCCAUGCCAGGCUGUACCUAUCACUGUAUAAAUUGGUUAGUAAGUCAGGAUUUACUGAUAAGACAAUUGUUACAGACUUGCUUUAGGUAUGGUAAUGUUUUGAUUCCUUUAAAACCAAUGAGUAGCUAUGAAGUUAAUUUUAGUUUCUAGAUUAUUAAUUAGAAAGACAGUGAGAACGGUGGCUUCUAUUCUGACCAACAUUUGGCAUCACCUCCUCCCAUACCAUUUUCACACUUUUGCCCACUAACAGUGAUCAAGGAGAUGAGUGUAUCUCUGUCAGAUCUCCUCACAGAAAUGGAAACCCACAAAGCCAAGAGUACAUGGUUAUUCAGAGCCCUUGAACAUAAUGCUUAUUCUUAAACGUUGAAGGUUAAAGACCUGCACUAUGGGUGUUUAAAGUUAUCAUGUGGGCAUUAGUAAUGGAGUAUACUCCUGUAUUGAUGAUACAAAGAUGGUUGUGUACAGUGAUAACUGCUUUUCCACAUAUAUGUGGCAAGUUGGUUUAGCAGGUACUGCACUUGGUGAAACCAGAAUAUCCUUUUGUAUUUCACUGUGCACUUUGUGUAGUUUGGAUGAAGGAGUGAAGACAUGCAUCCCUUAAUCCUAAAUAUAGAAACUAUGUAAUUAUCAAAAAGCUGGCCUUGUGCGAAUCAUGUCACCUGUUUGGAUAUCUAAGCUGAUUACUUCAUCAGAGUUCACCAGUCUGAGCAUUUCUAAAUGUCCCUUUCCAAGCAGUCAGGAAUAGACUGACAUUUGCAGACCUGUUUUUCUGUUUCCUACUCCUUCUAAAUAUAAUGGUCUUGUGAUUAAGGUGAAUAAGUUAAUUCCCGGGGCAUUUUGCAGGAUGUAGAAGGCCUCGCUCCUCUAAAGUUUCCAGCUGUCACUGCCCCAAUCAUUAAAAAUAUUUCUUAUUCUUGUUUGAUAUCCACUGAUUCCACUACUUUGGAUCUCACUUGAAAGGAAAUUAUUUAUUCACUUUCUGGAGUGUGACCUGCAGUUUUCAGGCUAGAAUUGGCCAUAUUCCCUGAAUCCCAUCCAUUUUGUCAUCUUACAGUAUUCUCUUCUGUCAAAUGUUUGUUUUGAGUUGUUUAAAAAGUUUAAUUUUAUGUAAAUGUCUUUUUCUUCCCCAUCUCCCUGCCCCCACCACCACCCGUAAUCCCAUAGUCCUUAAAUCUUGUCAUUACUUCAUGAUGUAAGUCAUCCAAGAUGACUGUGGCAUUGUAAUAGUUGUUAGAUUAACAGUUUGUUCAAUUCCCACUAUAAUACAGAUAUAUUUUAUUGUUGGUAUCACUUUACAGCUGCACCUGGAAUUUAAUGUACCAUCCGGACUCAGUGAUUCAAGUGGGCUUUAACUAUGUUGAGAAGCAGAAUUCUCAUAAUAUUUCACAUCAUUUAGAGCAAACAAUAUUUUCAAUGUUUCAAGAGGCAGAUAACAGAAAAGGAUUAUACCUGUAUCUAAUAUGUGAAAACGGUUCCAAGUUUCCAAAUGAAUUUGACUUUGCUCUUAUUACUAGUGGUGACCAUUAAAUAACAACUGUGUUGCAGGCCCUUGCUGAUGGAUAAUAUUGAUGCCAUUGUCCAACAAGUAGAGUGGAUUGUCCCUGGUUAGCACCACAAGCCUUGCUUGGUUAAUUUUUUUUUGCAUCUUGAAAGUCACACAGCCAGAGAAGGGUGCUCACUGGGAAGGACAUGUCCCCAAUGAAAUGGAUCCCCAUCAAUAAAGCAGAAUUAAAUGGCCAUUCCAUUCAA